AUGUCUUACUAUGAUAUCGACUCAAUAUUAACAGACGCACAAAAACUGCCCUGUACCUUCGAGCUCGAGGUACCGGGACUAGGAAUCCUCGAAGGCAAUCCGGGCGAAGAUAUCAAAGCUGGAACCCGGAUCGACCUGCCACUAUGGCUUGGUGAAAUGCUUUCGAUCGGAGCACGACUGGGUACCUCCCGUCUAGUCACACUCGAUAUGCUAGAUGCACUUUCAGAGCGGGUGAUGAAUGCACUGAAGGCAGACCCCCGCACAAUCGAUCUGCGCGCUUUGGCACCCCAUUUUUACAAUCUCAGCGAACGUAUUCUCGAACUAUUCGAAGAAGAAGAGAUAGUUGAUGUUCUUGGUGAUACAUUCAAGAAACGAGCGGCGGAGAUUGCAGACCACGCACAUAAUUCGCGUGGUGCGGUUGGUGACGGAGUUGAUUUCUUGCGUGGGUUGGAUGAGACUGAGCGACAGUUGUUCCGGGCUGCUUAUGAUCGAGCAAAAGAUAUGCGAAUUUGGUCCGGAGAAGCGAAGCGGAAAUGA